AUGCUAGCAGCGACAACUGUCCGACCAAAUGUUCAAGUAAACACUCAACAAUAUGUCUCUAACACGAACGUACCGCAAAAACGUCGUAAGGAAUUUAAACUGCCUGAACAGCUUCGCUAUAAGUCUUACGUUCUCGGAAUAAUACUAACUGUAUAUGGCUCUAUUACUAUGAUCAUCGGUAUCCUUGGUCUUAUUUUGGUCUAUAGAUACACCUUCAUAUACGCUACUGCUGUUAAUCUUUGGGCAGGCUUAUUUCCUCUUUUAGCAGGAAUAUUCGGCAUUCUAUCAUUCAAGAUUCCAGUCAAUCCUCAUUUGAUGCACAACUAUUACGCCUUUUCACUUCUAUCCAUUUUAUCUACUGGCCUGCAAGUAAUAUUUGGCGGUGUUGGCUUUACAGCCGACUACUUUCGUAGAUCGAUAUGGUAUCUUAUUGUAACAAUUUCUCUUGGAGUAAUUGGUCUCAUCCCAUCAUUUGCAGCAAUGAUUAUACUCUCUCAUAAUAUAUACUGCAAGGGCUGCUGCUACAUAACUGGUGAAUCGUCUUCUCAUCCCGCACAACCAGCAAGCGUUCAAGUCUUUCAGCCAUCCGUGCAACCAAUGGGCCAAAAUCAAGUAAUAGUUCAAUCUUCAAACUUACCACCUUAUGAAGUAGCUCAAUAUACACCAGCAGGGCCACAACCUGUAACGAUUGGUAUGGUUCAAUCUUUGCCUCAACAACAGCAGCCUUCAACCCAACCUAAUCCUAACAACUACCCCAAUGACAAGGAGUUCGUAAAAGUAUCGCCAAAUCCUACAUUCUAA